AUGUCUACUAAAACUAUUGCUGUGCUCAACGAAUCUGAACUCAAAGAUGGGGAGAUGAGGCAAGUCGACUUUGAAGGCGAGGGAAAGGUGUUGGUCGCUCGUCUGGGUGACAAAAUACAUGCUACUAGCGCAUUUUGCACGCAUUACGGUGCCCCACUCGCCAAGGGUGUCCUCACUGCAGACGGCCGCGUCGUGUGCCCGUGGCAUGGAGCAUGCUUUAACGUUUGCACGGGUGAUAUAGAGGACGCACCCGCACCGACAGCCAUUCAUUCCUUCAGAGCACAUAUUGCGGAUGGCAAGAUCCACGUCACGGCGAACCCGUUCGAAACCCUGAAGGCCAAUCACUCUCGUCAGCCCAAAUUGCUUGCAACUGGUACCGGCAGUGGUAAAGGUGUUGUCAUUGUGGGCGGUGGAAGCGGCACAUAUCACUGUAUCGAAAGUCUCCGAGAGCAUGGUUACAACGGCCCAUUGACCGUCAUAUCCAAAGAGAGCUACAGCCCUAUUGACAGGACGAAAUUGAGCAAGGCACUGAUCACUGACGCCAGUAAGCUCGAAUGGCGCUCGGCCGCCGAGCUUAAGAGCAAGUAUGGUGUAACCUUGCGUACGGGUCUUGAAGUAAGCUCGAUUGACGCGGAUGCAAAGGAAGUUGUCAUUGGUGGUGGCGAGCGUGUGUCAUACGAGACUCUUGUCCUUGCGACAGGUGGUGUUCCACGUCGUCUACCAGUUGAGGGCGCGAACUUGGAUAAUGUCUACACUCUUCGUGGCGUGGAAGAUGCCCAGAGGAUCGACGCGGCAUGCCAAGAGGGAAAGCGUUUGGUCGUGAUUGGCUCGUCCUUCAUUAGUAUGGAGCUCGUGGUCGCCGUGUCAAGUCGGAAACUGGCAUCAAUUGAUGUGGUGGGCCUAGAAGAGGUCCCGUUUGAAUCCAUCUUGGGCAAAGAGGUCGGUGCAGGGCUGAAGAAGUUCCACGAGAGUAAGGGUGUCCACUUCCACAUGAAUGCAUCGGUUGAGAAGCUUGUGGCCUCAAAGAAUGACUCAUCGAAGGCAGAAGCUGUAAUCAUUUCGGGGAAGGAUGGACAGCUCACACUCUCUGCCGAUGCGGUCAUUAUGGGUGUGGGUGUGGCGCCUGCAACCGAAUUCUUGAAGCACAGCAAGGGUUUUGAGAGUGCACUGGAGAAGAGCGGCGCCGUCCUUGUAGAUGAGUAUUUGAAGGUGAAGGGGCUCGAUGGUGCAUAUGCUAUCGGUGAUAUUGCAAUGUACCCACAGCCUGGUACUGGUGAACUGAGACGUAUUGAACACUGGAAUGUUGCCGGGAAUCAAGGACGUGCUGUUGGGAGGACAAUCGCUGAGGGCAAGCCUCAGCCAUACGUGAAGAUUCCCGUCUUUUGGAGCGCGCAGGGACAGCAGCUACGUUACUGUGGCGUAGGGGCGAAUUUCGACGACGUGAUCAUAACCGGAAACCCCGAUGAGAUGAAAUUCAUCGCAUAUUACGUGAAGAACAACAAAGUAGUGGCAGUGGCUAGCAUGCAAUACGAUCCUGUCGUUAGCAAGGCCUCUGAGUUGAUGCGAUUAGAUUUGAUGCCUUCGCCGACAGAGCUCAAGGCCGGAAAGAAUCUUCUGUCUGUUGAUAUACAAACAGUCUCUGCUCGGAACCUCCCAGAUUUCUUGCCGCGAAUCUCUACCACCUAUCCAAGCGAUUUCAUUGAGUAUCUGGAAGCUAUGUCGACUGGCGUCGGGAAAUCACUGUCCUCCAAAGCCAAAGCGUCGCUAUCGGACUCGCAGUUUGACGACCUAAACCCUGUAAUCACCUACAGACACGUUCAGUCCCACAAUAUGGGCGUCAGGGAUCCUCUUCGAGUCAUCGCGCUGUGCGACAGCGACGCUUUCUACGCGGCAUGCGAGCAAGUUCGCCUCGGGCUUGAUCCGUCUGUGCCCCUGGUCGUCCAACAGUGGGAUUCGUUGAUAGCAGUUAAUUAUCCUGCGCGCACGUACGGGAUCACGCGGAUGGAAAAGGUCAAGGAAGCACGAAGGAAAUGCCCAGAGCUCACCGUCGUGCAUGUGGCAACUUUCAAAGAAGGAGAGAAGGAGCCUGGUUAUUGGAAAAAUCCGGACACUUUGACACACAAGGUCUCGUUAGAUUAUUAUAGGCGUGAAAGCAUGAAGAUUAUUACCAUGUUUCAAGAAGGCUUACCGACCGGGGAGAUAGAAAAAGCCUCGAUUGACGAAGCCUUCAUCGACUUCACUCGACCUGUUCGUGAAGAAAUACUGCGUCGCUAUCCUUACCUCGCUGAAGUUCCUCCUGAUGCACCCAAUGGGAUCGACAGUCCAGUGCCCUCCCCGCCUCCCAUUAUCUGGAGUGGGUUGGGAACUGUGGUUUUCGCUGAUCAUGAACCGCAAGAGAUUCGUGAUGACGCUAUCAGGUCCCAGAGAAGUGCCAGAAGUCGAACUCAUGAUGAAAGUAGUGAGGGCGUCAAGGAAUGUGACAGCUCAACGACUUGGCAUGAUGUUGCUCUGUCAAUUGCAGCUGAGCUGAUGGGCAGAAUCAGGCGCGAUAUUCAUGAGAAACUUGGUUACACAACAUCUGCAGGACUCGCGCGGAAUAAAUUUCUGGCUAAGCUUACGGCUUCUUAUAAGAAACCGAACAGUCAGAGCAUCCUCCGCAACGCAGCGAUACCUAAUUAUUUGAGACCAAUCGCAUUCCAAAAGAUACGUUUUCUUGGUGGAAAACUGGGAAAAGCUAUCGCCGAGGAGUUUGAUGCUUCGACCGUUGGUGAUUUACUUCUUAUAAAUUUAGAGGAGAUGCAGCGUAAACUGGGGGAAAACUCGAUUUGGGUUUAUGAAAUACUGCGCGGCAUUGAUCGCUCUGAAGUCAAAGAGAAAUCAUUUGUAAAUAAGAGCAUGAUGGCUUCGAAGAAUCUACCACAGCCUGUCACAAAUGAGACUCAAGGCUACCAUUGGAUCCGAGUCCUCGCAGCAGAACUUGCUUUGCGGCUGACAGAAGCCAGGGACCAGACACCUGCUCUGUGGCCUAAAACGCUUGUACUCCACGUACGACAAGGUUACGAUACUGCGCGCUCCAAACAGGCUCCUUUCCCAUUCUCGCGUCAUGUCGACAUAGAUAUCGUCGCAUCUGCAGGAGACAAGCUGUGGCGCGAACUGGUCGGCACGGAUACAUCCAGAGCGGCUCCUGUAAAGAUCACUCAUAUAGCGCUCGGGUUCACUGGCGUUGAGAGUAUGGAAGCUGGGCAGCAGAGCAUUGAAGGUUUCUUCCAUACCCCUGCAAUAUUGGACAGGACGCGACCGAGCUCUAGCAGUGCUACCAAACGUAGCCGGGAUCCAGACGACAACCCCGUCAGCCGCGAGACGGUUCGAUCAAGGACCGAAGACAGCUUCCCACGCAGUCAGGUCACUUCAUUUACGUGCGAUAGAUGCGGCAAGCGUGUCUACCUUGCAGAUGAGCUGGCCAGUAAUCAUCCUGGGAACGAAGUGCGGGAGGCGCUGGCUGUGUUGCGCGUGGAGCACGACGACUUCCAUCUCGCACAGGAUUUGGCAAAGCAGAUAGCAGUUAGUAGCCCUCGGAAAAUCCGGCCCUCCGAGAAGGCAAAAUCAUCUAAGAAUAAGAAGCAGCCACAAAGGCCGGAAGGCAUUGCCAAGUUUUUCGCGAAGAAGUAA